AUGGAGUCCGUCAGUAAUCCCGUCCAACCAGCUAAGAAGCGUCGCAUCGGCGUGCUCACCUCCGGUGGUGAUGCUCCCGGUAUGAACGGCGCUGUCCGCGCCGUGGUCCGCAUGGCCAUUCACAGCGACUGCGAGGCCUACGCCGUCUACGAAGGAUACGAAGGACUGGUCAAUGGCGGUAACAUGAUCCGUCAACUGCACUGGGAGGAUGUUCGUGGCUGGCUCUCGCGUGGCGGUACCUUGAUCGGCUCGGCUCGAUGCAUGUCCUUCCGUGAGCGUGCUGGUCGUAUGAAGGCUGCGAAGAACAUGAUCCUGCGUGGUAUCGACGCCCUGGUUGUCUGCGGUGGUGAUGGAAGUUUGACCGGUGCCGAUGUCUUCCGCGCCGAAUGGCCUUCGCUGCUGUCAGACCUGGUUGCGUCUGGUGAAUUAACCGAGGAGCAGGUGAAGCCUUACACAGUGUUGAACAUCGUGGGUCUGGUUGGCUCCAUCGACAAUGAUCUGUCCGGCACCGAUGCCACGAUCGGCUGCUACUCAUCCUUGACCCGUAUUUGCGAUGCCGUUGAUGACGUUUUCGAUACUGCAUUUUCACACCAGCGUGGCUUCGUUAUCGAAGUUAUGGGCCGCCACUGCGGUUGGCUGGCCUUGAUGUCGGCCAUUAGCACUGGUGCCGACUGGCUGUUCAUCCCCGAGAUGCCCCCCAAGGAUGGCUGGGAGGAUGAGAUGUGCGCCAUGAUCACCAAGAAUCGCAAAGACCGAGGCAAGCGCCGUACGAUCGUGAUUGUCGCUGAGGGAGCACAGGACCGCCAUCUCAACAAGAUUUCGAGCUCAAAGAUCAAGGAUAUUCUCACAGACCGCCUAGGACUCGACACUCGGACGACGGUUCUGGGACACACCCAGCGAGGUGGCGCAGCUUGUGCCUAUGAUCGUUGGCUCUCGACCCUGCAGGGUGUCGAGGCUGUCAAGGCCGUGCUAGAGCAGACACCUCAGUCCCCCGUCCCCGUCAUCACCAUCCGCGAGAACAAGAUCAUGCGCACUCCCCUGAUGGAAGCGGUGAAGCUCACCAAGGAUGUCACCGAGAAAAUUCAGAGCAAGCAGUUCGACGCCGCAAUGGACAUGCGCGACGCCGAGUUCAAGGAAUACUACGAUGCCUAUCUCAACACUGCUACCCCCGAUCACCCAAGGCUGCACCUCCCCGAAGGCAAGAGAAUGCGUAUUGCUAUCAUCCACGUCGGUGCUCCCGCGGGUGGUAUGAACCCGGCUACUCGAGCUGCCGUGGCCUACUGUUUGACCCGUGGCCACACCCCCAUUGCUAUUCACAAUGGUUUCCCCGGUCUGGUUCGACACCACAAUGACAAACCAAUCAGCUCCGUUCGGGAGGUUCAAUGGCUGGAGUCCGACAGUUGGGUGAACGAGGGUGGCUCUGAUAUCGGAACUAACCGCAGUCUGCCCGCCGAGGAUAUGGAAGGCGUGGCCAAAUGCUUCGAUCUCUACAAGUUCGAUGCUCUGUUUGUGGUCGGUGGCUUCGAGGCGUUCACUGCUGUCAGCCAAUUGCGCCAGGCUCGCAAGACGUACGACGCCUUCAAGAUACCCCUCAUUGUUCUGCCCGCCACCAUUUCCAACAAUGUUCCCGGUACCGAGUACUCCCUUGGCAGUGACACCUGCUUAAACACCCUGAUCGAUUUCUGUGACGCUAUCCGCCAGUCUGCCUCCUCUUCUCGUCGUCGCGUCUUUGUCAUCGAGACCCAGGGUGGCAAGUCGGGUUACAUUGCGACCACCGCCGGUUUGGCCGUUGGUGCCGUCGCCGUGUACAUUCCCGAGGAGGGCAUCAACAUUAAGAUGCUGUCUCGUGAUAUUGACUUCCUGCGCGACAACUUCAUUCGUGACAAGGGUGCGAACCGCGCUGGAAAAAUCAUUCUGCGCAAUGAAUGUGCUUCCAGCACUUAUACCACCCAGUUUAUUGCUGAUAUGAUCAAGGAGGAGGCCAAUGGCCGUUUCGAGUCGCGUUCGGCGGUGCCCGGUCAUUUCCAGCAGGGUGGUAAGCCAUCCCCGAUGGACCGUGUGCGUGCACUGCGUAUGGCCAUCAAGUGCAUGCACCACAUCGAAUCCUACGCCGGCCGAAGCCGCGAUGCUAUCGCCAACGACCCUCUGUCGAGUGCCGUCAUCGGUGUCAAGGGUUCACAGGUUCUAUUCUCGCCCAUGGGCGGUGAGAGUGGCUUAGAAGAGACCGAGACCGACUGGAAGCGCCGUCGGCCCAAGUCCGAUUUCUGGCUGGAGCUGCAGGAAGUUGUUAACACUCUUUCCGGUCGUUCGGCCUCCCGCACCCAGGAGGGCUGGUUCUGCUAUGAGAGUACGUAA